AUGUGGAGAACUUCAAAGCGACCACUGCCCUCCUCCGAGGCGGUGCCGCCGGCGACCUCGGAGCCUGCUGACCAGAAGCCGACUCGGCUAGCAGCGGGAGGCGGUGCUGCCCUGUGUGCUACUGGGGUGCACAGGAGGCAUCAGAACCAGUUGCGCCGCGCUGGCCGCCCGGAUUCUGCCGCUCGUUCUUUGUCCACAGAUUUGGUCCGCGGCGGGUUCCAGCCGCGCCUUCCGACUUCGCUGCCGCCCCCAGGGCAGCAGCAGCAGCCGUCGCCGCUACCACGCCGACAGCCCGUCCCGUUGAUGCCUCCCGCACAGCUUCAUCCGGGAGCGCCCCAGGUGGUCGCUCCGGCGCCUGCGGUCCCUCUUCAGUCGCCGCCGCCUUCGGAGCUGAUGGACGUCGACCCCUCAGCCGGGCCUCCUUCCCAAGCGGUGGCUGUGCAGCCUGUCCUGCAGCCGCUUUCCUUGGGCACCCCCAAGGAGUCUGACACCGCAGCGCCUUGUCCGGCGCCCACUCAGCAGCCGUCGACGCAGCGUCAGGAGACGCUGCCUCUCUUCGUGGUUCCCGACGCCUCGUCGCGUCCAGUACCAGAAGCUGUGCCCGUGGUCACAGCCGCUGCCAGCUCCGUUGGAGAGUCGCCGUCGACGACGCCGCAGCCCAGCGGUGCAGAGGUUCCUACAGCCUCCGCCCACCGCAGCGUCGUGGGCACCCAGCCACCGUCACUGUCGGGAUCAGACACAGGGGUUCCUAGCGACCGAGACUGUGUCGAGCCCCGCCCUCCAGUGGAUGUCGAAUCUCGGACCCGAAAGCAAAAAUCACCCAAGCGACACAAGAAGAGGCGAUUGUCAGUUGAAGAACAGGACAGGGAUGUGAAUCCAGCGGAAGACAUCGACUUCGUUGACUCGUCCACAACAGCAACGGACUCCAGUGGCAUCAUUCACCAAAAGGUGCCUGAAGACAAGGAACACACUCCUAAAUUUGGUGGCCCAGAAAACGAGGCGCAUUGCGUCGACUCCCAAAAUGUGGGCUCCUGUGAAAACGACCAGCCACCAAUGACAUCACAAACGUCUCUUGGUGAUUGGGCAGACGAUAUGGAGGCAGAUGAUGCACAGCGAACAUCGAUAUCUCCAUCAGAGCCCAUGGCUGACAUUGAGCCCGGAGGGCUCUGCCAGUCAGGGACUCAUACGGCACAGUAA